AUGAUGAUGAUGUCACGGACGCAACCACCGGGGGAGGGGAGAAGGGGUGUGUGCGAGCGCGUGGGGCGCAGGGAGGGCUGCGAGCGGCCGGGGGAGGGGAGGGGAGGGGAGGGAAGCGGAGCGGGGCGGGCGCCCCCAGCGGGACCCUGCAAGGUAUUUUCUCCACCACCGCCGCCCCCGCAAACCCGCCGGGACCCAGCUCGCGGGGACACGCCGGCGGGAAGCCGGGCCCGCGCCCCGGCUAUCGAUGACUCGGCGUGCGGGCACGGCUACCUGAGCGUGGGGCAGUGCAGGGGGCAGAGGAGCGCCGAUGUCAUGGAUGGGCGGGGACGGGGAGCGGGGGGAGACUGGGAACAAGACGGACUUGGGGGGCGAGGAGGGGAAGCCAGUGUUCAAGGCCCUGUGGAUGGCUGGGAGGGGUCGGCCGGAGCUGCGGCGGCGUGGGAGCUCGCUUCGCCGACCGCCAUUUCACGUCCUGCAAAGGAGGCGGGGGACAGCGGCGGAGCCGGCUUUUCACAAGAGAGACUAAAGCACUGCUCCACUAUCCAGGAAGCCCUGCUUAUUUUUGUUGAUCUCUCACGUGGUGCCAGGUAUCAAAUCCAGGGCUUCAAGCAGCAUUUGGGAAGAGUACGGGGAUGAAUCUGAAGUUCAUGCUUCCUUGUUUUAUGAACUCGAUCUGCAUCUGGAACAGAACACAUUUACCGGUUUCAUUUCGGAGCUGGAUCAAACUGUCAGUGACUGCACUCCAGCUGCCCUGUGUGCUGCAGGGACCACGUUAGUUAGCGCAGGCAGGAGGAGCAGGCCCUCCAGCACAAAGCAAACAUCAGCCUGCAGACAAAAGGAAAAGCUGCGAAAGCCCAGCCUGCUGAGCCUCUGUCCUCUACCGCUCCUGUGAAGAGCAGCACAGAAGCCUUGGACACAGGCACACUGGCAGCAAUCAAUUUCUGUCUUGUUGAAACACAGUAGCUGCUAUAGAUUCUGCCCGUGGAAAACAAACCCAGGGCUGCUGAGCAAGGGGGUACCCUGGGGGGCUGUGCCACUAGGCCUGUGAGACAGCCCCAGGAAAUCUCUUUGGCCCUUCUGAAACACUUAGGGGGUGGCCUUGGAUUAAAUGGAAAGCUGUCACCCCGUCCCCCACCCCUACCCCUUCAUUUCCUCCCUUCCUCUUCUGGUGGAAAAAAAAAUGUUUGCUCUGAUUGUUAUCAACCA